AUAACCACUAGCGGGAUUCAGGAAAUUCGUUAAGGCCAAACAAAGAAGAAAAUGGCCACCAUUGCUGUUCCUAAUCAGGUUUCAAUUAGUGAUGAUGCACAAGCUCUUUACAAGGCCUGCAAAGGAUGGGGCACCGAUGAGAAGGCAAUAAUUGCAGUGUUGGGUCGUAGAAACGCGGCUCAAAGAAGGCAAAUCAGGCAAGCUUAUGAAGAGCUUUACGAUGAAGAUCUCGUCAGGCGUCUCGAAAGAGAACUUUCUGGUGAUUUUGAGAAAGCAAUGUAUCGUUGGAUAUUGGAUCCAGCCGAUCGAGAUGCGGUGUUAGCGCAUGCGGAGCUUAGGAAAUCGAGCCAUGAACACCCGGUGCUGGUCGAGAUUUCGUGCGCCAGAUCCUCUGAGGAGCUCCUGUUUAUAAGAAGAGCCUAUCACGCUCGAUACAAACGUUCCCUAGAAGAAGAAGUUUACGAUUAUACCAAAGGAGACACCCGAAAGCUCUUGAUUGCGUUGGUGAGUGCAUUCAGAUAUGAGGGGGAAGAGAUAAACAAAAAACUAGCAAAAUCCGAAGCCAAAGAGCUCCAUGAAGCUAUCAAAGACAACAAAUUCAACAACGACGAUGUUAUUAGGAUCAUUACUUCGAGGAGCAAACCGCAGCUCCAAGCCACUUUCAAUUUUUAUCGGGAAGAAGAAGGCACUUCCAUUACUAAGAAUUUGCCUAAUAAAUCUAAAGACGAAUUCCUUGAAACACUACGUAUCACGGUUCGAUGCUUCAAGGACCCAGUAAAGUACUUCGAAAAGGUUUUGCGGAAAUCGAUCCAAAGGUUAGGAACCGACGAGGAUGCUCUAACGAGAGUGAUCGUUACGAGGGCUGAAAAGGACCUCAAAGAAAUCAAAGAGCUUUAUUGUAGGAGAAACAGUGUGCGUCUUGACGAUGCUGUUGACAAGGACACUAGAGGGGAUUACAAGGACAUGCUUCUUACUCUGUUGGGGAAUGAAGUUUGA